AUGGGGUCUGUGUUCCAGAGAGCAGUCGUGUUAACAACACUGACCCUGCUGCCCCCAGGCCGCCCCCAGGCCUUCCCAGGAGUGGGCCUGGCCUGUGGGGAGUCCCAGGGUGGCCGUGGUCCACAGGGCUUUCUGGGGGGAGCCACGUCCCCGGAGGAGCAGAGGGUCCUCGAGAGGAAGCUGAAGAGAGAGGCCCGGAGGCGGCUGCGAGGAGCGGGCACGUCCGUGGCCCAGAGCCCAGCAGCCAGGCGCUCGGGGGCCGCGCUGGCCUUGGACUACCUGUGCAGCUGGGCCCAGCAGCACGAGAACUGGAGGUUUCAGAAGACGAGGCAGACCUGGCUGCUGCUGCAUAUGUAUGACCGUGACCAGGUCCCCGACGAGCACUUCUCCACCUUGCUGGCCUACCUGGAGGGGCUCAGGGGCCGGGCCCGCGAGCUGACGGUGCAGAAGGCAGAGAUUCUGAUGCGGGAGCUGGACGAAGCAGGUGCCAGCGCCGACGCCCCGCUGCCGGGGGGGACCCAGCGCGCCCGGCAGGUGCUGCAGCUGCUCUCCUAG